CCAUCACAAACUCCCUUUUGUUCUGGCAGAACACACAUUAAGUGCAUCCACCUAAGCCACACCCCAUAAACUGUUACACCUCAGGUGUUCCCAGUAAAGCAGCUACGUAGCCUUCCGAAACCUUUCAUACCUGACUGAGAUCCCAAAGCACUUCAAACGUGACCAGAAACAAGCAGUUUAUUUGUUUUCAGCAAACACUGCCACCCUCGGAGUGAGCCGUUACCCAGCGGAGUGGGUGGUAUAAAUGGGAAGGCUCCAGCAGAAUUCCCCACUUCAUCCCUUCUGCCCUGCCCGCGCCCAGCUGGGAAGCGCCAGGCCGGCAGCAUGAGGGGCACGGUGCUGGCACUGGGCUGCCUUGCCCUCCUGCUCCUGGCACGGGAAGGGAGAGGGGAAGGGAGCAAGGUGAGGCUCUGCGGGAGAGACUUCAUCAGGGCCGUGGUGUUCACGUGCGGCGGCUCGCGCUGGAAAAGGCACCGCGACCUGCGCGAGAGUGAAAACACCCAGCAUUUCCCGCACGAGGGUGACGCUGACUUCUCCUCACACCCAGAGCCGAGGCUGGGGACCCGCAGAGAAGAACCCCAGCACGUCAAACCCCAGCAAGAAUUACAAAACAGCAGCAAAGUUUCUGUGCUCAACAAGCGUGAGGCAGCCAAGCUGCUGGCCACAUCCUGCUGCAACGUGGGCUGCAGCAGGAGAGAGAUCAGCUCCCUGUGCUGAAAUGCAGCAGCUCGGCGCCACAGCC